AUGCUGGCUGUGCGGAGCCUCGUGGCCGGAGCCGACUCGGGUCUGGCGCGAGGCCGUGAUCCAGAUGUAGACCACUGGCACAGCAGCAUUCGUUUCCUCGUUGUGUCCUCAGCUGUGCUUGCAAACAACAUCCUGCGCAUCUACUGCAUGGCUCUGUUUGCGAAGCAUCGCAAGCUGCUUUUGGUCGGCUGGCAGCUUCCCUUCGAAAUCCUGGGGGCUCUGUUGUCAGUUCACAUCACCUGGAAGGAUGCCGACAUUCAGCGGCGGCUUCGAAGUGCAUCGCUUGGCGGACGCAUCCUUUGCGGUUUUUUGGCCUUUGUGUUCCUGGGCCUCUGUCAGAUCAUUCAUGUGAAGAGGGCCUGGGCUCGGCAACUUCGGAGUGGGGAGAUCCUGGACCGCUUGGACGACCGGGACUUCAUGUGGACAACGCCCGUGCUCGGGGGUGAACGUGGGCAUCCAGUUGCCGUAAUCACCAACUUCUCCAUUGUUCCGGUGUGCAUGUACGCCUUCCUGACCAAGCAGUGCCUGAACGUGGAAUCGGGUGAGAGUCCUUCUUCAAUCUGGUGGUGCGAACCCAAGUCUGCUUUUGAAACGUAUAUACUGGCAUUCGGAAUCCUCUCAGCGCUGGUAGUGAUCAGCAUAUGUGUCGUUGACAUUGACAUUGUGGUUUCGGCCUUCGUGGCUCGACGAUACCAUCUGGACUUCCGCCGUCGUGGCUCACGUGUCGGCGUCCUGCAGAUCUUGUACCCUGUUGUGCACAUCAUCUACCGAAUCGCGGAGGUAGUUGCCAGGAUCUCCCUUUUGACGGCUUGCGUCCUGGUCUCCGGUUUCGAGCUACAUCUUUCAGGCUUGAUCGCUUCCUUCUCUUUGAUUGCGGUGGACUUCUUGAUAGCACUGCUCAUCCUCCGCAAGUAUUCACCCCGAAGCGAACGCUGGGCGAUCCAUUUCUUCGUAGCACUUGGCUUCUUGAUUGCCGAUAUGGCGAAGUUUGUGGACCGGCCCGGAUUUUCUUAUCCUGCGCGACACAUUAGCCUCGCCAUCGGGAGGUGGCGGAAGCUGCAGCUUCUUCUGGUCUGCGGAACUGCCUAUGCUGUGACUCGUUGGGGCGAGAGCUUGGAGAGGAGAGAUCUGCAAACCUACCUGCGUGGCUGGGCGAUCCUCGCCACACUUGCGACGUCCGUCCUGAUCUUCGAAACCUUGCAGCUGACACCGAUGAUCAAUGCAACCGGAGAUGACCUGCACACUGCAGUUCUAAAUCACAAAAUUUCUCGUGUCAGAAAGCUGCUGGACACAGGGCUGGCUGGCGAAGCUCUGGAUGUGAAUGGACCGUCGAAGGACUCCCAGCAGGUGACGGCUGCGAUGCUGGCGGCGCAGGAGGGCUUCGUCGAGGGACUUCGAAUGAUCAUGUCUUGUGGUGGCCGCAUGGAAGUGCGCGACUCCAAGCGCGAGACUUGCAUCCACUACGCUGUGCGGCAUCUGCAGCUCGAGGCUCUGGAGUUCCUCGUGCGUCAGCCAGGUGCAUCGCAGGUGUUGCACGCCUGCCGCGAGGAGUUGCGGGCCUUAGCUGCUGCGGCUGCCGGCCUUGACCUGGUGCCUCCAGAACCGCAGACAGGUGCACCGUCCGACCAGCCUACGUCGGGCGUCGCGUCGAACGAAGCGGGCCAAAGCCAGACGCCAUCCUUCCUUUUCCGUGCCUCCACGAAGUUUGCGCGGAGGCUCAGCCCAGAUGAGGCUCGUCGCCUAGUUCUCCUCUUGGAGCCCAACAGGGGCACGAGAAGAAAUGCCGACGAACAAGAGGUGUUUGGCACGCUGCGGAAUGUGAGGACCCACUUGGCUAUGAGCCGACAUCUGUUGAGACUCUUCCCGAAGGCUUUGGAAGAGGAUGUGCCCCAACUUCACGAGCUCCACUCCGUAAGCGCACUGGUUUUUGGCCACGGUGCAGGCGCCUUUGCUCGGGCAUUCCUGCGUGUAGCACCGGUGGCCGGUUGGCUGCAGUCUCUACGGAAGGUGCGGGAGCUCGGCCAGGGGGCCUCAGGCACAGUAAUUGAAGUGGAGCUGGACGAUAGCAUUGGGACCCUUGGAUCCAUCGCAGCAUCUCCGAGCAAUCCGGGUACGGGAAGAUCAGGGUUUCUGCGAUCGAGAAUGUCCCUGACUGGAAGAUCUCGGAGUCAGAGCGAUUAUCAGCAGUUCCUGGAGCCUCCGCGCUUUGCAAUGAAGCUCCAGUCGAAGCGCAACCUCGAUUGGCAGGCCUACUCGGAGGUGGUGGCCCUGAGGAGGGCGGGCCACCCUUUCAUCGUGCGACUAGAACAGGCCUUCCAGACCCCUCACUACUAUGCCUUGCUGUUGGAGCUUUGUCCGAAGGGAGACCUGAACCUGCUCUUGUGUAAUACGCACGAGAAUGGCAGCGAGCGUCGCAUGGGCUUGCCGGUGAGUCGUGCUGCCAGGUAUGCCGGACAAGUGCUGCUGGCCCUGGUCCACCUCCACGAGGUGCUGGGAAUCAUCUACCGCGAUGUCAAGCCGGAAAACAUCCUCCUCUCCACCCAGGACGAGGCCAAGCUGGCGGACUUCGGGCUUGCCCUUUAUGUGGGGGGCAAUUUCUUCAGCGCCAACUACUCCAUGCCCAUUGCAGGCACACCCAGGUUUCUUGCUCCUGAGCUGGUCCUCGGAGAGGAGUCCGACAGCGAGAUGUCCACCAUGGAGCAGGGCGCCAUGAGAGAUGUGCGCUUCGAUCCGUUCAAGACAGAUGCGUACAGCUUUGGCAUCACGCUCUACGUGAUGUUGUUAGGCGAGGACUGUGCUGAUUUGGAGCAAGGGGAUGGAGACUCCUUGCAGUGGCCUCAGCAGGGAGAAACCUACGAGAAUCUCAGACUGAGCGAUGCCUCGGCAGUCAUGAAGCGCACAGCGGCAGAGAUCUCCGAGGCAAUCGCAGAGUCCCUGAAGGGGCUCUCGCUUUCUGGCGAUGAGUCCCCGCCCUCCACGGUCGAGGUCAAUGACUCCGCUUCAUUUUGGCGUUGCCAGAUAGAAGCGAUCUAUCGGCGACGCAAUCCGCACAAGCUGAGCAACGUCGAGGCAUUGCUAGAAAAGUACAAAGACAAAGAGGCGGUGCUCUAUGCCAAAGUGUGCAAGGCCUACGACCUCGACCCGAGCAAGUUUUAUGCGGAUGCAAAAGCAUGGGAGCGGUACGAAACAGACGUGCAGGAGGAGUUGGAGGAGCGCCCCGGGGAGGCGGAGAAGCCUGCAGAGGUGCCGCAGCUCCUCCAGCCCCGGCGGCAGGAACUGGGGUUGUCGUGCCAAGCUUGUUUGGCGUAA